AGUGACGCCAGAGGCUCAUUUCCGACCGACGGAAAGGUCAAGGCGGUGUGUGCCCACGCUGCCGUUCUAUUAUAAUUUUCACGUUUUUCGUAUUUUUUUAUAUUUCAAUUUUAAUCUGUAAGUAAAAAGAGUCAGCAGUAUUCCGAGUAGCGCCUGCCUACCAGAAGUGCCGCCAUGUCGUCCCGCACGUGUCAGCACUGCGGCUGCAGUGAGAUCGACGUGGACGCCGGGCGCGGCGACGCCGUCUGCACCGGCUGCGGCUCCGUGCUCGAGGAGCACAUCAUCGUCUCCGAGGUGCAGUUCGAGGAGAACGCGCACGGCGGCUCGAGCGCCAUCGGACAGUUCGUCGGCGCCGACGGCAAGGGCGCCAAGGGGCUCGCGGCCGGGUUUCACGCCGGUGCUCUAGGAAAGGAGUCCCGAGAAGUCACAUUACGGAAUGCGAAGAAAAAGAUCAACUGGCUGGCUCAGCAGUUACGACUGAACCAGCACUGUGUAGACACGGCUCACAACUUCUUCAAGAUGGCGCUGUCCCGUGGUCUGACGCGCGGCCGGCGCAGUAACCAGGUGAUCGGCGCCUGUCUGUACAUCACGUGCCGCACCGAGGGCACACCACACAUGCUGAUCGACUUCAGCGAUAUCCUGCUGGUGGACGUGUGUGAGCUGGGGCGGACCUACAUGGCGCUGGCCAACGCGCUCUGCAUCAACAUUCCCAUCAUGGACCCGUGCGUGUACGUGCUGCGCUACGCCAACAAGCUGGAGCUGGGCUCCAAGACGCACGAGGUGUCGGUGACGGCGGCGCGACUGAUGCAGCGGAUGAAGCGCGACUGGAUCCACAUGGGUCGCCGGCCGUCGGGUCUGUGCGGCGCCGCGCUGCUGAUGGCCGCUCGGCUCCACGGCUUCAACAGGACCGUGGAUGACAUCAUCAAGAUCGUCCGAGUCCACCAGAGCACCGUCAAAAAACGCCUGUCCGAGUUCAAGAACACGCCGUCCUCCUCGCUGACGGUGGAGGAGUUCAUGACGGUCGACUUGGAGGACGAGAUGGACCCGCCGGCCUUCACAAAGUCGCGCAAAAAGGAUAAGGAGCGCAUCUCGCAGCUCAACGAGGGGGACGUGGCGCUGGAAAUACAGGCGCUACGAGUUGAGAUCGACAAGGAGCUAGAGGAUCGAAAAAAGCGAUUACGAGGCACAUGGAACAAUCCAGUCUCUGAGGACAGCCCGCCCGAGUCCCCGGGCCGCGAGUCGCAGGAUGCGUCACUGUUCGUCCAGGAACAGACGCUGGCCUCCAUCCGCGAUAUCGCCGGCGACGACAUCGGCCCCGUGGGUGACGCGGCGCUCAUGCCGCCGCCACCGCCGCCCGCCAUGAACGAGGAGCCGACGCCGCGCGGCGCCGAGCACGGUCUGGGGGUGAGCCGCCACCUGCUGGGGCUGACGACCACACCCGGCGAGGACCCGUCGGCCGCCGCCGCCGCUGCCUCCGACCAGGAGAACGCCAGCAACGAACUCGACCUGGAGGGCAUCGACGACGCCGAGAUCGACUCGUACAUCAUGUCUCCGCGCGAGAUCCACUUCAAGACCAAGCUGUGGAUGAAGUUGAACGCUGACUUUCUGAAGGAACAGGCCGAGAAGCAGAAGCGCGAGGAGGAGGAGCGGUUACAGCGGGAAAAGGAGGGGAAGCCCGAGAAGAAGAAGCGCCCGCCGCGCCGGAAGCGCAACACCAACCUCUCGGCCAACACGGCCGAGGAGGCCAUCGAGAAGAUGCUCCAGGAGAAGCGCAUCUCCAACAAGAUCAACUACGACGUGCUGCGCGAGAUCACCGGCGGUGGCGUCAAACAGGAGGCCAAGCCCGAGGUCAAGGUGGAGGUCAAGCCGGACAUCAGCGAACUCGUCAUGCCCUCGUCACGGAAGCGGCACCUGUCGAGCAGCGAGCCGGUCGGCGCCGGCCCGUCGCGGUUCAAACGGCAGCGCCCGGCUCCCGUGCUGCCGGGCCGGCCGGGCCGCGCUGCCCCGGAGCCGGAGCCGGAGCCGGAACCAAAGCCGGUGGACGAGUCCGGACCGGUUGUGGUGGAGUCCGGGCCCGUGGUGGUCGAGUCCGGACCGGUGGUGGUCGAAUCCGGACCCGUGCAACACGAGGACGACGAGGACGAGGGCGAUUACGAGGAGGAAGAUACGGGAAUGCUGUCCGCCGCGCAGCUGCUGAGCCAGCACGGUGGCGACGACUACGGCGGCUACGACGAGGAAGAGUACUACUAGUACCUCCCGCCGGCCACAGGUGGCACCACCGGCGCCAGCCGGCCAGUAGGGCGCCGAUCAGGGCUGGUCGGUCGGCUGAAUUUCUUCCGGUUCGUGCCUAGGGUUGAGAUAGUUGGUAUCAAAGACAUGCCUUUAAUCAGUGUUUGUCUGUGAUUAGGUUGCGUGAGCUGUUAAUAUCGGUGGGAUUAUUUCAGGGGUAUGGGUUUUUGUUUUGUAAACUUGCAAUUGACAGAUACAUAUGCUGGACUGGUACACUUUAGGAACUUCUCCAGAGUAUUAAAAGUGCUUGAUGAACCAAAACUGCGUCACUGUGCUAGGCGUUGAACGAUUCAUUGUGUAUCAGGUUCUGUGUGUCUGGCUGCUAGCUGGGCUGUAGUGACGGCUAGCAGGGCUUAGUAUCUGCUAGCUGGGCUGUAGGGGCGGCUAGCUGGGCCGCAGGGGUGGCUAGCAGGGCCGUAGGGGGCGGCUGGGUUUUCGUACGUCUCUGCAGAUCUGCACAAAAACCAGUUGCUAAAUGAUAUUAUGGUGCUGUGCGAAUGUAUUGUCUGUCCUUGCUGAACGUGUAGCGCGCGUGUUAAACUCGCUAGCGUAUCCGUGUGUGGCGCAUCGCUGAGAAAUUAUUUAUUGCAUGACUGAAAACUGCUAAUGCGUUGGUGAUGAAGCGCUCAGUUGGUGUAAAAUGCUUACGGACCUCUGCGUUCUACUUGGAACAAUCUCGUAUCAAACUGAACAGGUUCCUAGCAUUAUAGACGUGCUCUUUCAAUUUCCUACAGCAGAUAUAGUUUGCUCGCAUUAUAUUAUGUUCUUCUGGCCAGAUUUCUCUCCCAGUAAUGGUUAGCCAAGGUACACUCGCUCCAUCUACGUUCGCUGUCUUGGCACAUUGCCGAAGUGUGUAUUAUGCUGCCAUUUCGCUAUCGGGACUCGAGAUGUCCCGGAGAGAGUACAAAUGGUUGAGAGAGAUUCGGUUGGGGGCUGCUGAUUGUGCACUUUGUUUCGCCGGCGGACGCUCCGUGGAUCUGUACCUACGGUGUACAAUGUGACGGUGGCGGACCGACGGGCCGGCUAACCCGCCGUUAGGCCUCCAUGCUACAAUACACGGGAAUUUCGCUGA